AUGCUUGACAUUGGGGCUGAAAGUGAUAAUGAUUCGGAUGAAGAGGGUGACCGCUCCUCUGGAUCUGGAUCCUCUCAACUCGACUCACAAGACGAAAGUCGAGCAGAUGAUCUCGAAAUCGACCUAGCGGAGUUCGAUGAUCUAGAGGAAUUUGCAGGCAUAGAGGAUGACUCCAAGUUAGACGCAUUGGCUAACAUGAUUGACACUAUGAAAUCCUCGGCUUCUAAACGUAAGGAAGAUCAUAUCGACCCCGAGGAUCAAGCUCUGUCAGCCUCUCAAAACAAACGCCGUAGGAUUUUACCAGCUCGAACAGAGGCGAGGGACGAGAACGAAGUCUUUACUGGGAUUGAUGAUGAUGAUACUAAAAAAGUUGAUCUUGCGUCCUUGAUAUCUAUCUUACCAGCCAGUCACGAUGUGACUAAUUUGAAGAAAUCAUUGAGAUACUUGACUAAGAAAAGUGACAAAUCAGCACCACUUUCGGCCCCCCUCGAACCCCGCCUUCAACAGAAGAUAGAACGUGAAGCGGCCUACGAUUUAACAAAAGUCGAAAUGGAUAAAUGGAACGAAACUAUCAUGGCCGCUCGUGGUUUAUCCGGGAAGCACACGGAUGGCAAGAACCGAUUUGUAGUGCCUUCGGCCAGUGCACCCAAGACCAAAGAACUCGAUGUGAAUCGUUGGAAUAUGCAUUUCAAACCAACCAAUUCUCUAGAAACUGAAGUUCUUGGGAUGCUCUCUGCCGGUAAAAUGUCAUCUAAAAAGCUGAAGGAAGAAGAAGACGAUCUCUUGCAAGCCAAGGGUUUGACAGCUGAACAAAUCAAAGAACGUGCGGCUGAAUUGAAAAUGGCACGAGAGUUGAUGUUUCGAGCUGAACGAAAGUCAAAGCGUGUCGCCAAGAUCAAAAGUAAAGCCUUUCGAAGAAUUCACAAACGAGAGAAGACCCGUCAGAGUAUUGCAGAGCAAGGGGGUGAGCUGGACAUGGACUUUUUACAAGAGCUAGACGAUAUCGAUGGUGGUGAGCGUGUGAAGGCAGAGAGAGAAAAGAUGGAACUUCAACGAGCGAAGGAAAGGGUUUCAUUAAAGCAUUCAAGUCAAGGAAAAUGGGCCAAGAAGGUCGCGGGACUCAAAGGACUCGGUAAUGACGCUAAUCAUGCAACUCGGGAAAGAAUCAGACGGGAGGAACUCUUGACAAAAAAGAUUGCGGGUCAAGGCGAAGGAGAUCGCGAGUCAGACGGAUCUGAUGAUGAUUCAGAUUAUGAUUCAGAUAUGGACGUGGAUACGAUCAAGAAACGGGCAUUGAAUGAACUCUCAGCAUUAGACUCAGCAAAAUCUGAGGCCCCAGCAAAAGGGUUGAUAGGAAUGAAGUUUAUGCAAACUGCUAUGGCAAGGAAGGAAAGGGAGGCUAAUGAAGCUGAGGCACAAUUGCGUAAAGCGUUGAUCAAUGCAGAGGACGAUGCUUCGGAUGAUGAGCAGAGUGGAAUGAAAGUACAGGGUAAUCCUGGUAGAUUAGUCUUCACUCCUGGUAGUUCUUCUAUGGUGCAGCAACAAACCGUCAUCGCACAGCAGGAAACCGCCGAAGGCUCAAAUGCUUCACCUCAGCCAAAUCAAUCACGUGCAACUUCAUCAAACAAGCAACAUGCUCGUGCUUCAGGAUCGACCACAGCCACCAAGACGCCUGUGAACACUGCCUCUCAACGUGCAGUUCCGACUUCUAAAACUCCAAAACCUUUGCAUGUCACUUCAGAAGAAUCCAAUCCAUGGCUAUCACUUGACGACGCAACUGGGGGGACUACUUCACAUAUCAAAACUCUAAAUCCGAAGCAUGGCAAAGAUUCGGCCACGAUCGUUGCUGAGAAAGCUAAGCUGAAGGCUUUGAAGCAAAAACGUAAAAACAAAACCGAAGUACUAAACGCCCAAAACGAGGCUGAGAUUGCUAUCGAUCUUGAAUCAUUUAUGGUCCCCCGAUCCAUUGCGGGACCGAGCGCGUUGGGAGCGAUGGAGAAUGAAGGGAAACCGGGAAAGGAAGGUGAUGCGAUCAUUCGACGUGAUACGGUGGAUGGUGUAGGUCGUACUGUGUUUCAACAACGGGAGCUGGUCAGUGAAGCCUUUGCAGACGAUGGCGUAGUAGCUCAAUUCGAAGAGGAAAAACGAAAAGAAGUCGAGUCGGACGCACCUCAGCAGGUUGAUGUCACUAUCCCAGGUUGGGGUGAUUGGGUAGGAAAAGGAGCACGAAAGUCAAAACAUUCUAAAAAGUUUAUCAAGAAGAUUCCAGGUAUAGAUCCCGAAUCAAGAUCAGAUGCAAAAUUAUCAAAUGUAAUCAUCUCUCAAAAGAAACAUUUGAAGAAGGUUACAAAAUAUCAAACCAAGACUUUACCAUUUCCAUUUACAUCUAAAUCUCAACAUGAACAUAGUUUAAGACAAUCUCUUGGACCUGAAUUUAAUACUAAUCUCCAACAUCGUCAUCUUGUUCGUCCUCAGGUCUUGUCAUACCCUGGUCAAAUUAUCGAACCAGUUCAAAACCCUGUGUAG